GUUUGACGAUCGCGAGUCGAAGAUGAGGCUAUAACUUGGUGGGAUGCAAUUGUACCAAUAUAGCGUGCAGCCGAUGACCCAUCUUGCAUCUGCCAGAUCGAAAUGCGCAGAUGUCGGACAGUGUUGUGAUGCCGACUCGGAACAGUAAUCAUAGAGGUUGAAACGUUGAACGUUGAUGCAUGAUGGUGAAAGGAAAUGAUGGUUCCACUUCCAGCGUCCAUCUGCCGCCGCCGGUCCUUAUAAGAUGUAAUCGCACCUACCUCAGACCCAUCAAUCUCCACUGCCCACCUCGUUCAUUGCACUGGCAAGUUCAUCCAAGUCGCGUACAGAAACCUUGCGGAAUAUGAGUGGCAGCAGCAGUGCAGCAUCUCCGUUGUCACCCAGCGUCGGUGCGCGUCGCAAAGGCCCGAAGACUCUUCCCCGCCUUCCGUUAUCUGCUUUCACCCCUCCGAGCUCUGGAACGGGAGAUACUUUCGCUGUCGCACCCAGCCCUAGCGUGUUGCAGCCUCGGGAGGUCGUUGAUGCCUAUGUGAUCGCAGCCGGUGGCGAUCUGACGCGAUGGAAGGAAGAGGUAGCAGGGAGGACGCUCGGCAGCAGGGCAAAAGCUGCUGUGCUUUCCCUGUACGGCGAAGAGCCCGCCCAAUUGGAGAAGAUAAUUCAAGGAUUACAUUCACAGGAAGCAUCCGUUCUGGCUGUCCUUGUUCCCAUCAUUUUCGAUGAUGGUGACGCCUCCUUUAUACCGCCAUCGUAUCUCUCAUCGGCGAAAGAUUCGAAGCCCACUCUCGUGCCGUCCGUAAUCUUCACCAAGAACGAUCGGAAAACGCGAGAUGCCCUUCAAUGGGCACUUGAUGAAGGCUUCACCGUCAACAUCGACGUGCAAUGUGAUAUCUCGGAGGAUACAAAUGGGUGGGAUGCCCUAGAAGAGAUGCUCACGAGUAUAUCCAAUCCCCAUACCCCGCGGGAGAACGGCAAGAUUAUCAUCUCGAAUAUUCUCCCACCAACGGAUGACCUCUCAUUGCCAAUCGUCAAGUUGCUGACCCACUCCUCGUACCAGAACUACCAGUCUAAUGUCGCGACGCUCUCGCUGUUCGCAAAGGUCUUCGUGAACUAUCUUCCGCCAGCGUGGGGCACACCGAUACCAUCGUCAUCAGGGGAUCCACACAAGGAGCGCUCAGAGUGGAAGCGUAGGAUCAAGAUGUACAUCAGUCCCGCGGUGGAGGCGUUCGGGUUCCAGCGCAUCCUGUUUGGUUCCUCCCCAUCCCGCGCAUCGGAGGUGUCGUCCAACGCCAGCGAUUGGUACGAGCUUGCACGCGAGUCCUUCGCGGAGCUAGGUGUCGAACAAGAAGCCGUCGAUGCUGUGUUCUGUACCAAUGCUAAAGCAGUUUAUGGGUCGUAGCGUCGUUAUCCUGUAGUCUCGUCGAGCUAAAAGGGCAGGCGAGAUUACGUUUUAGACUACAAUCUCGCUGUAUCUUCAGUACGUCCUGAUCCUUUUCGUGCCUUGUUGUGAUAUUCUCACUAUUCAAGUGGUGAUUUUCUGAGCUCGAAUAUAUAAUCAGCAUGCUCUACAUACGUGGUUCAAUACCCGGGUCGAUUCUCGUUUCAUCAGAGUACUCCCUUACUAGGCAUUGGUAUGGAGGAACACGGAAAAUUGAGCUAACAUGGCUCCGUGAAAUCUGGACUCAAUAACGCUUGGAUAUCUGUAACAAGAUAAAUAUACUCUUGCGUAAUCCCACGC